AACAAAAACAAAACAAAACAAAUCAUUGGACUCCGACAAUUUCUCGAUUCGUUUGCAUGACAAUGGAGAACAUAUGCAGAGUUUGCAUGGGAACGGAGCAUUCUGGAGCAUUCACAAACAUUUUUGAUGAGACACAAAAAGGAGCCAGCAUCUCCGUUUCUGACAUGAUAUCGGAGUGUACGGGGUACGUGGUUAGGCGUGGUGAUUCACUACCAGAAAACAUAUGUCCGUCCUGCCUGGAGGAUGCAGUGAGCGCCUUCAAUCUCAAGAAAACCUGCGUGCAGAGCCAUGAACUGUAUUUCCCGCUGAGGGAGGAGGGUAGAGGAGAAAAAAUCUCUGAUAAUGUGAAAGGCGAUGCGCACAUCCGUGAGCAUACCGGCGAGCUACCCUUCCAAUGUUCCUACUGCUCAAAAUCAUUUAGGUUGCAGGAAUUUCUAACGAAUCACACCCGCAUGCACACUGUUGAGCGACCGCGACCCUUCAAGUGCACCGAUUGCCCAAAGUCCUUCGCAACAACAUACUGUCUUAAAAUCCACACCCGUACGCACACGGGUGAACGACCCUUCCAGUGCACCGACUGCCCAAAGUCAUUCACAACAAUAUGCAGUCUUAAGAUUCAUACCCGUACGCACACGGGUGAAAAACCCUUCAAAUGCCUCGAUUGCCUAAAGACAUUUCGCUUGCAACAAACUCUCCAGAUUCACAUUCGUUCGCACUCGGGUGAACGACCCUUUAAAUGCUCUUACUGCACAAAAUCCUUUUCAGAUAAAUACUAUCUCAAGGAGCAUAUCCAUACGCACACUGGAGAGCGACCAUUUAAGUGUGCGCUGUGCCCCAAGUCCUAUCUUAAGAGCUCCAAUCUUUACUCGCACGCCCUUUCGCACAGAGCUGAUGAACCAUAUAGAUGUUCUCACUGCUCGAAGUCAUUUAAAGAGCAAGAGUCCCUCGAUAUGCACAUCCCCCUUCAUACGAAGGAGCGACCAUAUAAGUGUUCUGACUGCCCCAAGACAUUUAUUCAAAAAUUCCAUCUCAUCGAACACAUACGUACUCACACUGGGGAGCGAAGGUUCACGUGUUCUCACUGCGACAAGUCUUUUACUCGGUCCGGAACUCUCCGAAAUCACAUCCGCAUGCACACGGGUGAACGGCCCUACCACUGCUCUCAAUGCAGCACGACAUAUAAUCAAUUAGCCCAUCUCAAAAACCACAUAUUACGUGCUCACACAGGCAAUAGCGAACCAUCAUUUAGUGUUUCCACUACGAAGCCUGAUGCAACGGCAUCACAAAAGAACAUAAUGAUUAGUAACUGAUACGUUAGUCAAAUAAAUUUCGAUUAAAUGUAAGAAUAAACAAAACUUGAAUGUUGGUCAGCACAUAUUCCUACAUAUGCGCAUUUUUCGUUUUUCCUAUUUUAAUAUAAAUAUGUUAUGUUAAUGUGGAAAAAACUUUAGUUGUCAAUGUUGUUGCAUUGUUCAUUAUCACUGAAUUAAGACGUGAUGGCAUGGAAACACCCUAGCGAUUCAAGGGCGAAUGGAUUGAUAUUCGUCCUUUAUCAUUCUAUUGCCACUUUAUGCUACAUUAACAUUUUUAUACUAAAAUACGAAAAAUGCACAUAUAAAUAUUUUUAAUUUACUUAAAAAUUAAAUGAAACAU